AUGGCCCGUUUCUAUGCUCCACUGUUUGGAGGGCGGAACCUUAUCAUUACCAAUACAGUGAGUAGCGGUUUCUUGCUGGGACUUGCAGAUAUAGUUCAGCAGUCUUUGGAACGAAGGCAAAAUCCCAAACGGAAGUGGGAUCUUGAGCGUGCAUCUCACAUGUUUAUAACGGGAUGUACCAUGGGACCGCCCCUACAUUACUGGUACACCUUGGUAGACAAACUAACCCCGAGAAAAGGACUUGGACACAUCAAAGUUGUCAUCAUCAAGGUAACAAUAGAUCAGCUUUUUGCUCCAUUCUUCGGGUGCUGGUAUUUCAUGACAAUGGGACUACUUCAAGGUCACACCGUGGCAGCCAGCUGGAAGGAAUUUAAGGAGAAAUUCCCAGAGUAUUUCUUGGCAGAACUCACUGUGUGGCCAGCAGCUCAGAUGGUCAAUUUUCUAUUUCUUGACGCUCGCUAUCGAGUGCUAUUUGUGAAUGUAGUGACCUUGGGGUGGAACAUAUAUCUUUCAUAUCUCAAACACAGAAGUUGA